UUGUGUGGUGUGUACGGCUGCGCAAGUGGUGAAUGCUGCGUGCGUGCGUUGCGGUGCGCGUUCAUACGCUGUGUGAGCGAUCACGUGGCGGGCGUGUGUCGGCGUGUGUGUUGUUGUGUGUGUUCAGCCUCUAGCGCCCCCUAACUCCGUCACUGGCAAACGGAAGUACAUUGUUGCGCGUCUUUGUUCGUCGGUGUGUUCGCUGGUCGAGCGUGCCUCUCUUAUCAACACUUUCGGAACGUAGAAUCCUCGAAACACUAUAGAAAGACAAGCUAAGCAUUGUGACACUUUAAACAUGGACGAGGAAAGAGAUAGGUCAACAGGGCAACUGAGAAAUCCUAUGUCUACUACAGUUGCUAAGAAGUCAGACAGUGCUCAGCAAGAUGUUGAGGAAGAGAGCCAGGACUCGGCUGUUUUGGAAUCUGGAUCUGAUGAUGGAGAUGAUGAUGCUAGCAGUGAAGAUGAUGAUGAUCAGAAAUCUGAUGAAUCCUCAGAAGGGAGGGAGGAUUCUCCAUCUAAGCAUCGAAAACUUGAUGAGGGUGAAGAUGACGAUGAUGACGACGAUGACAAAGAAGCGAAGACUGGAGAUGAUGCAGAUGAUCAGUCUGACACAGCUGCUCAACGUCAAUCUAAAAGGAAGCCAUCAAAAUCAAGAAUCAAACGAAUACUACCUCAGCAAUUGCCAGCACAGACUUCCCUGUCCCCAGAUGUUCCAUUUCCUCCUUUGGAUGCUAUUCGUCCUGUUGGACAAAUAAGUCAUGCUUCAAUGGUUUCUGUACCAUCCCAGCCUUACUUGGAAGAUAUACCCCACCACAGACGCUCAGGGCAGCGUAAAUCUCCUGGGUCAGGUGGUGGCUAUCAGUGUGAUGUUUGUGGAAAGGAGUUCCGCGUGCCAUCGCGUUAUGAAUCUCACAUGAUGAGUCAUUCCAAGGGAAAGCCUUUCUGUUGUGAGAUUUGUGGAAAGCUGUUCACAUCUCAGCAGAAGCUUGAAGUUCACAAGCCAGUCCAUGGUCGCUCACGUAAAGAUGCCUUUGCUUGCCCAACAUGCGGACACCAGUGUAAUAACUGGCGGUCAUAUUUGUAUCAUGUGGCUAAACACACAUCAAAUGGUGGGAAAAAGCACAUCUGUCAGGUCUGUGGUCGUCAGUUUCAUGCUGCUCAGCGACUUCGCAACCACAUGCAAAGUCAUAUGGAUGGCAAACACUUUUGCUGCCUAAAGUGUGGCAAAUUGUUUGAAAGUCAAAAACGUCUAGACACACACUCCAUCAUACAUGACUCGGAGCGGAGAGAGCCUUUUGUGUGUGUUGACUGCGGAAAGGUGUAUGAGGACUGGCGAGCUUUUAAGCAGCACAUGAAGACUCAUGGGUCAGAUGGUGUCAUAUACCGUUGUGAGAUUUGCCCAGCACAAUUUCUGACUCAGUAUGAAAAAGAGAAGCACAAGAGGGUGCACACCUCUGACAAACGGUACCAGUGUCAACACUGCAGCAAGUGUUUCCGUUCCCAGUCUGUGUUGACGGUGCAUGAGCGCACGCACCAGGGAGACAAGGGCCAUGAAUGCACUGUCUGUGGACGUGAAUUUUCUCGUGCUUUUAGCCUCAAGCAGCAUAUGAAGAUGCAUGCGGGCGAGAAUGAGUUUAUGUGUCACUUCUGUGGCAAGACAUUUGCCAAGGGAGAGGAGCUAACUGCACAUGCUGUGGCUCAUGCCAAGGAAAGAGAAUUUGUUUGCGACCAGUGUGGCAAAAGUUUUGCUGUUAAGGCACAUUAUCAUCGCCACUUGGUGGUUCAUGCAGAAGGUGAGCCCUUAUCUUGUGGAAUCUGUGGAAAGAAAUUUGAGCUGCAGUCACAGUUGCAGACACACAUGGUAACACAUCGUGGAGACGAUAAACAGAACUUUGCAUGCCUGGCAUGCAGUGAUGCCUUUGAGUCACAGCUGGAACUAGAGGCACAUGCUCAUACCCACGGCAAGAACCCACCCUAUGUGUGUGGGCUGUGUGGAAAGAUGUUUGCAGAGCAGAGGUACUUCCGACAGCACAUGAAGCGCCACACCGCACGUGCACAGAAACAAAGAAUGCAGGCUCAAGGAUUGCAAAGUCCUAUGGGUCCAGGCACAAACAUGGCAUCGGUGGAUGAUGACGACACCAAGUCCUCUUCAACUUCUCAGAGUUCAGGACGACACAUCUGUCACAUGUGUGGUCAACACUGUGGCAGCAGUCGUCAGUUGGUGGCCCACAUUGAGGAGCAUAAAAAGUCAGGACUUCUUAUGUACUUCAAUCUGAUGGAUGGGCAGAUGAAGGGCAUGACACAUCCACGACAGGUGGCACACAUCCUGAAACAGGGACGACGAGGAACUUUGCCUGGACAACAAGAAUCUGAAUCUGAUGAAGAGUCUGACUCAGCCAGCGACUCUGAGGGAUCCUAUGAUGCAGACACAAGCACCAACAUUAGUCACAUCAACAAAUCCAGAGUGGUCAAAGAGAGCAGUGGUGCUAACAUGCCAACCCCAUCUUCCAAGCAGCAAAGAAACAGGACAUCAGGCAACUCCAGCACUCUCACAGAGGCAGCAGAACGAGCGAUGGCUCUUCGCAUGGAGGCUGCCAGCACCACGCAGAGCUCCUGUAGUUCAGGGAUCAAAGUGGACUCCUCAACCAAUACCCUGGCAUCCACAGAUAGGCCCAGCGUCAUCAAGUCGGAGUCUGCAGGAGUGGCCAAGGAAGACAGGACGACGCUACCUAGUCACAGCUCAGGGUUUUUCUCACCUCCAGUUUUUCCAGGGCAGAUGACAUCACCUCCAAAUCAUGCUACACCAUAUCAUGCGGCUGCACACCAGUUUCAGCAGACAUAUGUUGAUGGUAGCAAUCCCAGUGGCAUGGCUGGCAGUGCCAGUGUUGAGAUGACUCAUACUUUUGGCUCCUCCCAAAAAUGCCUUCCUGGGUUUGCAGAUUUCAGACGCCAGCUUGGUUCCUAUACAACAAGUAGCGAUGGUGGAUAUCCUGGACCUCUGUAUCCUACUCCAAUGCCCCCAGCUACCCAUUAUGCUAGUGCAGGUCACAUGCCAGAACCACCAAUUUUCUCAGCCUCCUACCCUUCCUCAGCUAUGAUGCCCUCUCCCAGUAACUUUAUGUCCAUGGUGGGCAAACCCAUGCAGGGAGGCUUUGACUCCAACCCGCCUAUGGUUCCUUACUCGGCAAACAAAAUGCCAGUGUUUCCAGGUAUGCCCACUCACCAAGGCCAUGAUGAUGCUGGACCACGUGGGAUGCAGACACCAGGAGAACCACAGCAGUAUGAUCCCAUGCUUCAAUUCCAGCCUCUCAGCAGCUGAAAGGUGUGGGUAUUGGUUGUCAAAGCCUGCCAAUGCCUGGCAUGUGGUAUUAUAGUUGAAGCCUUUGUUGAUAUUUACAGUUCUUUAGGAUUUAUUUUCUCUACUGCAUCUUCCUGUAUUCACAACAACUGUUUUAUUUGUAGUAUUUUUGUAAUUUUUUUUUUGGCAUUCUUUGCUGCAGCAAUCCUUUUUGAUAUUUUCAGCCAUUUGUUAAGCAGAAUGUUUUGCAAAUUUUCCCCACCAGCAUCCUGUUUAUAUCCUCAGAUGUUUCUAAACAGAAGAUUUGUAUCUCAGAAAAAAAAGAUUUAUAUAUAGAUGAGAGAGAUAAAUGUAUGAUUACAAUUUAAAAGUCUGUCAUCUGUCAUUUAACCCAUGGAUGAAAGUGUCUUAGACCAGGGAUGCACAACCUACGGCCUGCGGGCCCCAUCCGGCCCACGAAACUUCUGCCCACAGUGCAGGAAAUCGGCAUGUUAGUAAUAAAAGAAGACCUUAAAAAAACGAAAAAAAAGGAAGAAGUAUUUAUCCCCACGUAGGGGCGUCUCUCAAUCUUUUUU